AUGGCAGGUGACCUGUCGGAGUACAAGUGCGCGCGAGGCGAGUCGCCCGAGUUCAACCCGCACAAGCCGGUGUCGGGGGUGAUCGGCGCGUCCUUCAGCGUCGUCUCCAUCAUGGUGGCCAACAUCCUGCGACUGUUCAAGAUCCCGCAGAUCAGCUACGCCUCCACCAGCACGGAGCUGUCCGACAAGUCCCGCUUCGGCUACUUUUCGAGGGUAGUGCCGCCCGACAACUUCCAGGCGCAGGCCAUGGUGGACGUGGUGUCGAGCAUGGGGUGGAAGUACGUGUCCACCGUGGGAGUGGAGGGCGAGUACGGCGAGCGGGGCAUCCAGUCGUUCGUGCAGCUGGCGGGCCUGAACGGGAUUUGCGUCGGCGUCUCGGAGCUGAUCCACCGCACGGCCACCCCCGAGGAGUACGACCGGGUGGUCAUGCGGUUGGCGCAGCGUCCCAAGGCCAGGGUGGUGGUCAUGUUUGUCGACGAGGACAACGUCAGGUGAGAUAGUGCACCCACGCCCAAUCUUACCAACCACUUCUUGUACGUGGCAUCGGACUCGUGGGGCGCUAAGAACUACCCCGUGAAAGGUCAGGAGAACGCGGCAGAGGGCGCCAUCACCAUCUUGCCCAAGAAGACCAACAUCCUCGAGUUCGACACAUACUACAAGUCGCUGCGGCCCAACGUGACGGAGUGCCAGUCGCUGCGACGCAACUACCGGCACCCGGGAGACGCGGCGCUGCGAGUCAACUGCCGCAACAUCUGGUUCCGGGAGUUCUGGGAGCAGCACCACAGCUGCACGUUUGACCCGGGCAAGGCGCUGGCCGCGGGUAGGCGGCUGUGCAGCGGCAACGAGACCCUGCGCGCCUACGAGCAGGAGGGCCUCGUGCCCUUUGUGGUUGACGCGGUGUACGCCAUGGCGCGCGCCGUGCACGAGCUGGUGGUGGCCCGCUGCGGCCUGCCCUUCCACCUGUGCAAGCACGUGCAGCCCGCGCCGCCCGGCGUCGAGCUGCUCGAGUACAUCCGGAACCUCACGUUCAAAGGCCGGCAGGGCUCCGAGAUUCGUUUCAACAAGGACGGCGACGCGUACGGCAGCUAUCACAUCUAUCAGUACCAGCGCAACGGCUCCAAGUUCGACUACAACCGGGUGGGCUCCUGGGAGAAGAGCCUGGACUUCGACAAGAACAAGACUUUCUGGGGGCGGUUCGCGACGGCCGGCCAGCUCGCCACCAACCCGCCCGUGUCCGUCUGCAGCGACGACUGUCCCAAGGGCCACAUUCGCAACUACCAGGACAAUUGCUGCUGGAGCUGCGUACCGUGCGCGAACAACGCGUACGUGAACAACGACACGUGCGUCACCUGCAUCAUGGGCUGGGCUCCCACUCAGGAUCGAGCCGACUGCUACAAGAUCAAUCCCACGGUGCUGGGGUGGGGCUCGCCGUGGGCGUUCGUGCCGCUCAUCUACACGACCUUCAUGAUCGUCUGGACGGUGAUCACCGUCGUCGUGUUCAUCCGCUUCAACGCCACCCCGGUGAUCAUGGCCUCGGGCCGCGAGCUCUGCUACGUGCUGCUGCUCGGCUGCAUGCUGUGCUUCGCCACGCCCGUCGUGCUGCUGUCGCGGCCCGGCACCGAGACCUGCUUCGUGUCCAGGAUCAUGCCGGGGCUGGCGCUCUCCAUCUGCUACUCGGCCAUCCUCACCAAGACCAACCGGAUAUCGAGGAUCUUUAACCAGGGCGCGCGCAGCAUCCGUCGCCCGGCCUGCACCUCGCCGCGGUCGCAGGUCGCCAUCUGCUCGGCGCUGGUGAUGAUCCAGGUGGUGGUGUCGGGCGUGUGGAUCUGGUACGAGCCGCCGGCCACCUCGGAGCUGCACACCGACCUGCACACCGUCAUGCUGACCUGCGCCGAGUCCACCGAGUCGCUCAUGACGUCGCUGCUCUUCAACUUCUUCCUCAUCGCGCUCUGCACGCUGUACGCCUUCAAGACGCGCAAGAUCCCGGAGAACUUCAACGAGGCCAAGUACAUCAGCUUCACCAUGUACAGCACGUGCAUCGUGUGGCUCGCCUUCAUCCCCAUCUACUUUGGCACCAUGGACCACAAGGUCCGGACAGCUGCCAUGUCCAUGUGUGUCGAGAUCAGCGCGACGGUCGUGCUGGGAUGCCUGUUCGUGCCCAAGGUCUACCUCGUCCUGUUCCAGCCCUACAAGAACGUACGCCAGAACCACAUUCAGUCGGGCCGCGGGAUGAAGUUCGCGGGCGGCCCGAGCCGCAGCGAGCGCGCGCAGACCACCGGGAUGCAGUCGUCGCAGUUGCAGCAGUCGCAGAUCUCCUCCGUGACGCCGUCGGGCGGCGGAGGAGGACAGCCGCAGCCCUCGGCCUCGUCGGCGACCUCGACCACGCCGACGCCCGCCCCGGCGCCGCAGCUGCAGCAGCUGCAGGUGCCGCCGCAGCAGCAGCCGGCCCAGCAGCUGGCGCCACCCAAGCAGACGCCGCCGCUCCAGCCCAAGACCCCCACGCGCGAGGAGCUGGUGCUCAGCACCAACAACCUCAUCCAGGCCACCCCCGUGCCCGCCCCUGCGCCGGCAUCCGCCCCCGCCCCCGUGCGCCACCUCCCCCGACAAAAGACCCUGGACAAGGAGCGGGCGCCGCCCCCGCCCCAGCAGCAGCGGGAGAAGGACGACAGGGGGCGCACGGAGGACGGGGAGGACGACGAGGAGGGGGAGGAGGAGGAAGAGGAGGAGGAGGCCGCCAGCGGGGUCCCCAGCGGAGCCUUUCUGGCGGCCGUCCCCGGCGCGGCUGAGGCGCCCCCGGUGCCCCAGUACAACCACCACGCCCUGGCUGGCAGGGAGUCUCUCGAGGGCCAGGAGGACCUCCCGUGCUGCAGAGCGACCAUGGACCUUUUCCCCGGGGGCAUGGCGGAGGAGUCGAGCAACCUCUAGCAGUAUUAUAGCCUUUUCUGCGGAAAAGGAAAAGAUUUGUGUAAACAGUGAGCACAGCGGGGCGCAGUGUGGAGGUGAACCGCGCGCUCGCAAAGCGUUCAGACUUUUAUUUUAUUGUAGGACAUUGAAAUUAAAUUUUUACUGCUGGGCAGUGUUUAGAGACGACUAGACGAGGAGUACAGUAGUUUGCUGGUUGUCGUGGUGCUGAAUUUCUCUUUGGUACUCGACUACGCAGAGAUUUUAUAUACAGGGUGGGUGUUUUAAGCCGCUCUCCCUUCUGGUUUUACUUGUACAGCAUGCAGGUGUACAAACGAGUUACCAUGAGGCGCCGCGGGGAGAGUCAGGACGCGAGCCCGCCCACACAUCUGCAUGGGAUACAUUAAAACCAGAAGGGGUGCGGCUUGAAAACAGCACCCUGUGCUGCAGCAUUAUAACCAUUCUUUAAAAACUUCUGAUGAUAUUUGUAAAAAGUAGAUACUGCUUUGAUAAUCAGUUUUCUUACAUUUGCGAUAGGGUUCAAAUAAAUCAAUAAAUGUUGGCUGUUUAACAUGUUUUAAAAAUUAUAGACCUAUUUGCAAAAUAGAUAAUUUGUCGGUAGUAUCACUAUUUUACCAGUUUCAUUUUGGCAGAGAUUUUACACCUAUGAUUUAAACCAAGACAUCACAAUAACCUGGUCACGCUGCAACGCUGCACUUGGUGUGCUAAUUAAUGACUACACGAGAAAAUUAUUGUAAUUAGAAACGGUGCAUGUUACCGAGAAUACCAUAAUUUCAGAAUUGACAGCAGCGACAUGAAAAAUGUUGUCCUUUAAUUUAGUUCCCAAUUUAAUUUUUGUGACUUGUUAUUAAGAGUUAUAGUUUAUCAUAAUUGUUGCCAAAAGUGCUUUUUUGCUUGUUGUGUACAUUAUGUAAUUAGCCGAGGAUCCACCUCACUGUUGUUGUAUUUGUGGUAGACUAUCUGGUAUAGAUGUUAUGUCUUGAUGACUAGUCUAGAGAUUCUUUUACAUAUUCUUAAAUUGUGUUGAUUCUAAAAAAACUAAAUGUGAUAUACAUUAUUUGGACGGAUAAAAGAAAGAUUUAAGUUCAGACUAAAUAAUUAGGUUUGUUCCUGUUAACUGUAAGAAUGCUUUUUGUAAUAUCUAGUCCUGAAUCUUAUCAGGAAACUGUUCCUAUUGCAAAAUUAGAAAUUCAAGAGACUCACAUAAAUUUAUUCUUUGUCUUUUUUAAAAAUAUGAAAUUUUGUCAUAAAACCAUAAAACAAUUAUUGUGUUACCUUUAUUAACCUUUAUCAAGAAUGAGAAGUGAUGGAGUCGCAAAGAAAUCAUUAUCUCUCACCAUAUUUCCUAAUAGAUAAAAUGUUCAAUUUCUCCUUAAAGCACAUUUUUAAUAAGAUUUGUCAAUCAAAUGUUUCAGUCCUCAUGCACUCUUAUCUUUGUUUUCUUUCUCUCGGUAUUUCGAUUUUUCUGCUUCUCUUGGUGGCUUCAUAACUUCCAUCUCCUGUUAACAUUCUCUUGAUGUUUAGAAAGCUCAACUUCUUAGUGUGUAUUUUUAUAAACUUGUGAUUUUAUCAUGUUACAAGAUGACUGUGUUUUAGUCUUAAGAUGCUAUUGUUGUAUGUAUAACUGAUACACUCCUAAAUACUACUGUUAUUAGUAGGAUGUACUGAAUUGCGCUCAGAGAUUAAUUGAUUGUUCUAAAUAUGCGAAUAAUCCUACAAAAGGCUUUAGUCUGGUAUACAAGUGUUGUGCCAAUGGCCUUUUUUGAUGUCACAAACUUUCUCUGAAAAGUGUAAUAAUAUGUCGCGUUUUGUGUCACAAUAAUGUUACUUUACAGAUCCAUGGUCUGUGUUUGUCGUAAUUGAUAUCUCAUCUUUGAGCAUGUGCCAUAGUAAGUACUCAUUAGUUUAUUGACUAAGCAAUACAUUACGACCCUUGGUUGUUGUUGUUGUUGUUGUAUAGUUCUUGUAUAUGUUCUUUUUUUACAAAAGACUUUGAGAGUGUUUCUGUGGUAUUAGUACCUCUGUCCGUGGUUGAGCCCCGCGAACUGCAUUUACAGAAAAUGAAUUGCUUAGUUUGAAAUUUGAAUUUUUUUUUCAUUCAACCAAUGUGGUGCUUCUCGUUUACAUUGGCAACCGAAAAAAAUAUUCUAAACCCAUAAGACUGAGCCACGGACUCUCACGUUUUGAAGAAAGAUUUCAAUUUCAAAUUAUAUGCCAAGAUUUAAUGAUGAUACAGGCUGGAAUUAAAUACAUCGGUCCGGGAUUCUGUUCACUUAGGGAUUUAGAACUCUAGAUAGUAAAUGAAACAAAAGAGCGACGAAGAUGUUUGAUAGCAAGGAUAUCACUUGUAAUCUCUGAACUGCGGAGCCCAGCUCACAGAUUUCAAUGUGACUUUACUUUUAUUCUUUUUUUAUGUUCAGUCCGUAGCAAAAGUGUAACAGUCGUAAUUCUCCGAAAGUUCGCUAACAAGACUCGUCCACUUCCUAAUUUCAAAACUUUCCGAAAGAAACAGCAGCGCGCGGAACUUCGGCGUCUUCGAAUUUCGUGCACGUUCGUACGUCCGAAGGGCCGUUGCCGUUAGGCGGCCGGAGUGAGUUAAAAAGAAUCUCGUGCCGAAUGUGUCUUGUCCCCCGCCCCACCCCUGACCCCUGCUGGGGCCGGGCCGUAAAUCCUUCGAUGCCCUCCCACGUGUCAUCCACGUGUUCUUCGUGUGCCAGGCACGUGCCGGCCACGUGUCCUCCGUGUGUCGGGCGCGUGCCGGCCACGCGUGCUUCGUGUGCCAUGUUCGUGCCAUGUUCGUGCCAUGCACGAGCCAGUCGUGUGCCGCCCUCUUCCCGUGCCGGCCCGGCGCCGCGCCGCAUCGUGUAGACUUAAGGUUAUCGUUAAGAGGGUUCGAUAAGUAAUAUCAGUAAUACUUGUUUUCGCGUGGCGAGCAAACCCAAUUUCCUGUUUGGCACUGCUGUCCGCUGUUCCGAGAGGACGGGCAGGCGUCCUUAUGUCUGUUUAAGUUUGUUCUAAUUUGGACUAUGCUGUGCAUUGGAGAAGAAUUAGGAACGCUAGGGGAAAAAAAUGUAAUAAUGUCUAAGUGUUGUGAAUAAAAUUAUGAGUUCAAUUA